UACAGUCAGAGAGGACAGAGACCAGGACUUCAUCAGGAUUAUUCUGCUUACUUCAGUUUUACAGUUUGAUUCACACUCACAGCUGAUUUGGACGGAUUCCGUUAACAUGCUUUUUCAUGUUUUCACAUUUUUGGUUUUUUUCCCAUCACGAUGAGGAGCAGAAACUGAGGAUUUUCCUGAACUCCUGACAACAAUUUAAACAACAAACUCAGAGUUGGAUCAGAAGAACUACAAGACUUGGAAAUGGCAGCUGGACCACAGUGGCUCUGCGCGACUUUGCUGUUUGUCGUGUUCGUCUCUGCAGACCAGAAAAACAUCACAGCUGAGUCUGGACAGGACGUCACUCUGACAUGUCGAGCUCCAAAUAACAUCAAACAUGUAAAAUGGAUCAGAUCUGACCUGAAGAAAGAAAAUGUCUUUUGGUAUCAGAAUGGUCACUUUGAUCCAGCCAACCAGCAUCCAUCUUUUGAGAACCGGGUGGAUCUGCAGGACAGACAGAUGAAGGAUGGAGACGUGUCUUUGAUUCUGAAGAAUGUGACAACUCAUGACACUGGAACAUACGAGUGUCAUGUAUUUAUGAAUGAAACUCGCUCAUGGAAGUCCACCAACAUCGUCUACCUGAGUGUUGUUGUUCCUCCAGACGAGAAAACCAUCAAAGCUGAGUUUAGAAAGAAGAGUGUCACUCUGACAUGUCGCGCUCCAAACAGAAACAUCACAGUUGUAAAUUGGAGGAGAGCUGAUCUGAAGUCAGAAUAUGUCCUUUUGUACCAGGAUGGUAACUUUCAUCCAGACAACCAGCAUCCAUCUUUUAAGAACCGGGUGUAUCUGCAGGACAGACAGAUGAAGGACGGAGACGUCUCUUUGAUUCUGAAGAAUGUGACGAUUAAUGAUGCUGGAAGAUACAAUUGCCGUGUCGUCAUGGAAGGAACACGUUCAUCGAAGCUCAUGGUCCUCGGCAUCAUCAACCUGAAAGUUGUUGUUCCUCCAGACGAAUCCAUCCCAGCUGAGUCUGGACAGGACGUCACUCUGACAUCUCGAGCUCCAAACAGAAACAUCACAGCUGUAAAGUGGAGCAGAGCUGACCUGGGAGAUGAAUAUGUGCUUUUGUACCGGGAUGGACAGUUUGAAACAGACAACCAGCAUCCAUCUUUUAAGAACCGGGUGGAUCUGCAGGACAGACAGAUGAAGGAUGGAGACGUGUCUUUGAUUCUGAAGAAUGUGACAAUUAAUGACACUGGAACAUAUGAGUGUCGUGUGGCUCAAAACUCAGAAGAAGACAUGGAGCACGUUAGUCAUAUCAGCCUGAUAGUUGGAGACGAAUCCAUCCCAGCUGAGUCUGGACAGGACGUCACUCUGACAUCUCGAGCUCCAAACAGAAACAUCACAGCUGUAAAGUGGAGCAGAGCUGACCUGGGAGAUGAAUAUGUGCUUUUGUACCGGGAUGGACAGUUUGAAACAGACAACCAGCAUCCAUUUUUUAAGAACCGGGUGGAUCUGCAGGACAGACAGAUGAAGGAUGGAGACGUGUCUUUGAUUCUGAAGAAUGUGACGAUUAAUGAUGCUGGAACAUUUGAGUGUCGUGUCUUCAUGAGAAAAGCAUACUUUAUGGAAACCAUCAGUGUCAUCGGCCUGGAUGUUUUUUCUCCAGACCAGAAAAUCAUCAUUGUUCCUCCAGGUCCAUCAGGAGGAUUUAUUGGACUGAUAGUUGUUAUUCUCCUUCUUUUUGUCGGUGUUGUUUUUUUGAGCUACAGAAAACAUAAAGUGUCCCGAUAUUCAUACGAGGUUUCUACUGAGAAUAAUGAGGCUCCUCAGUCUCCAUAGCAGGACUGUGUCAGAGGACAGACAGAAGUGAACUGUCCUGAGCCUCCAGCAGACGGACAUUAAACAUCCAGAAUUAGAUGUUAUUUCUCAUUUCUCUGAUUAUCAUCAUGUUUGUGAAUAUAAAGUGGGAGUGGAUUCCCACAGACUUUGUGUGUCAGUGUUGCUGUGGGAGUUUCACCUGUGAUACAGAGGAGCUUGUUUCUAUGGAGCCAGCUGAAAGGAGAAGGGUCUCCCCUGGAUGCCAACACUGAGCUGAUCUCUCCCAGUAAAAUAUUACAAAUAACAUAAAAUGUGUCGGUGCUGUAAUAUUCAACUUGUUUGUUUUUUCAUUCCAAGGUGGACUGUUUGUUGUGUGUCAAGCAACUGCUGUACAACAACACCUCAUUUGUGGGUUUCAUCUAUGCAGAGGUGCAUAUAUCCAAACCUUCACAGGCUUGCUGUGGGAUACUGGUGCAGCCCUGCCUCCUCACUGUCAUGUGAAAGGCUUUUCUCAAAGCUGGCGAGGUUAUUACUGUGGCACUAUGAUGUAGAUGAAUACAUGAAAAUAGUAGCCAUUUUAUUUUUAUGCUUAAAGUCACUUUCUUUUGGAAAAACUACUGUUAAUGUUUAUUUUGCUAUCUGAAAGUGUAAUAUAAGUUCCGCCAGCAGAGGGCGCUAAGUGCCCCACACAUCAGUAGCUAGAAGAAGUGUAGUCAGUAGGUGAUGAAGUAGUUUACAUCUCGCACACCGAGUAGCUCCUGUUAACCUGCUGUUUCUCUGUUAUUGCAGGUAAGCCUGGUUGGAAAUAACAUAUAAGUAAUAGACAACAGUAGUAAUCAAUCAUAAGUGUCUUACAGUGCAACAGAUCUCAAACUGAAGAGUGAAUUCAUGAGUUAAGGGUUUGUAAAGAUGGUUGGCCACCACGUGUAGCUAAAAUGGCGGACUCAUAGUCUGGUGUGUUCAUGGUAAUGAAUCUGAGAACUGUUUCAUGUCUUUGUGAGUUUAAAGGCUGUAAGCUAACUACUGAGAGAUGCACAUAACGUCAGUAAAAUCAUGAGCUUAUGGACAAACCUUUGUUGAACAGAGUAAAUGUGUUAUGUCAUGAGAUGCUUGUGUAAAUGGAAAUGCUGACUAAAUGUAGAAUCAGGCUAAGCUACGGAGCACACAUGUGAUCCUACACCUGUGCUGAUCCAGUUAUCAGGCUGUGAUGAAAGUCUGUAAUGUCUGUACAGGUAUGUUUGGGUCAGAGCUGCACAAUAAAGUCUCUGGAUAAUCA